UCAAAACAGACCCGCAGUUCUUCCGAUUUUUCGAUAAAAAAAGUUAAGACGCUUCGUUUUACUCGCCGUUUCGAUACUCAUGUUUGUUAUUUACUAAAAACCAGUGCGUUUCCUCAUACAUUUGUGCACACCAAUUUGCCAUGAUUAUUUAGUGUUCCUAUGCAAGAUCUCGUGCCUACAAAAUGAUCCUGUCGCAUUUCGUGGAAAAGUUGAAGAUCGGCAAACGGUUCGUGCUGCUAGAUUUGGUGGUCCACCCGGACUGCGAACCCCAAUGGGAUUCGGCUGGACCAGCAAACAAGUUUGUCCCGGUAGAGGUUUGGAAGCUGAUUUACAGAAAGCUGGAGGAUCUCUGCCGGCAGCAGUUGGGUGAAAGUGUCAGCGGUGGUAGGGGAAAGGAUUCCGACGGCAGAUGCGAAAUUGAUAAAGAGUACAAAUUCAGGUUGACCGAAAAGGCUAACUAUUUGCUAAAAUACGAGUUUAAGGACAGCAACAGUAGGACGGUGUUGAAUUCCUUAUUCAACGAGAAGGACAAUCGUCUGCACAAGGAAUGCCUCGUGGUUCAGGUAAUUGACGAAACGAAGGAUUUGUUCCGGCAACUGGAGGAGAGAAAAAAGACAAUCGAAAAGCUGCAGAAGGAGAACUCUAGAUUGAAAGAAAUUCCGGAGCCUAGCAGCCAGGAGUACACUCCGACUCCGGUGAAGAGUUCCGGUUCGUCGGCUAACGUUUCGAUGGAAUACAUUCCGAUAGCGAUUAACGGUGGAUCCCCAAUGAGUUCGUCGAGCUACAAAGCUCGCAAGAUUGCGAACACUGUGAAGGUGGAUCCGGAUCCGUACACACCGACUUCCAGUCAGGAAGCCAAUCCGGACAAAGUUGCCUAUGUUCCCAGCAGCUUGAAGAGCCCGAGCAAAUCGAACGUAGACCAGAAGGUAGUGUACUCGAGCUCCGGAGAGAGUAUUGUUUUCGGCAAAAGGCAACGACGUCAAAAGGAAAUCUUUGGACACUCGGAUGACGACGAAGAUGGCAAACGAUGCCCGAAAUCGGAGCCAGAAGAUGCUCACAAUAUCAGUGUGGAGAACAUGUUUAGUCCGGACUCCUCACCGCACCCGGUCGAUUUCAUCGCAGAGGAAAUUAUAUCCACUGGAGAUCACAAGCGGCUGCAACUACCACGGAAGACAAAAGCCGGUGUCAGCUACGGUGGUCCGCUGAUGUCACCGUUGGGUUCGGAUGGGACUCUCCCUUCUCCUUCCGUUACGAAACGCCGCCGCAAAGAUGAGGAUUCGAGCAAAAGUAGCUCAAAGAAAGACUCCAAAAUAUCUUCUCGCGGAACCAUCGACGGCUGGAUGAAGAAAUCCAGCCGAAAGGAUGGCGAAUUGCCCACAGCUGGGUCCUCGAAAGACCAUUCCAAAGACAAGGAAAACGACAAACGCUCCAACAGUCGGAAACCCAAGAAGGAACCGUCUCCUGCUGUUCAAACGCGGGUUGUCGACAGAGAGAAGCUCAAGGAAGAGGAAGAAGUCAUGCGGAAAACGAUUGCCAGUCUUGACCAACUGGACAAGAUGCUUCCUGAGGAUAAGACUCAAUUGGAUGUUCCUGUUUUGAACUGCUUCAAACUGACCAUCCCGGACGUCAACGCCACCUUCGGAACCUUUCGGAGCGAACUGAAGCAGAUCUUCGACCGGUACAAGAACAAAUCCGAACGUGAAUGGCAAAUGGCCGACGAGCUGUGCUACUUCACCGAAGUGACGAGCGUCAUGAGCGACGAACAAACCUACGCCAUGAUGCAACGCUUGGAGGAGGAAUUCGUCCCCCAGGACGAACGUGGAAUGUACACGGAGUUCUUCUCGUCGACGCUGAUCAUGGAGUGGGGUCUGCGUAUGUGGAUGAAGAUGUUCAACUUCUCGGACCGUCGGGAGGCGCUGGACCGCAUUCGGCUACAGGAGGAAGCCAACCCGAUGGAGCUGACGCCCAGCUGCCUCGAAUCGUUGACGGUCAGCCGCAACCGGAAGCGAUGAGCCGAUGGGAUUAGAGGGGAAUGGGUGCGAGAGCCAGUACAACAGUAUGCCUUUGUUGGAGCCUUAGAGGAUGACGAUUGGAGCAUUUUUUUUUUUUGGAAGCGAAGUAUUUUCCCAUUUUGUUUUGUAGUUCUAGAUAACGUCGUUGAUUUAUUCAUUGUUGUUUCCACGAGCGGCAUUGUACGGGAAAGAGACUGGUUUUGUUUUUCGAUUUCAUUAUAAACUGAGGGUUAAAUUUCGAAACCAUUUACGCAAAUAGAACUGAUAAGUAUCGCGCAAGUGUGUCUG